AUGGCGGACCCAAGGGAAGAUUUUCUGACACCUUUGGAACUAUUUGAGAAGAAAGAAGUUGUACGGAUCUGUGCGCCUAUGGUAAGGUAUUCAAAGUAAGUACACAAAAGACGUUUAAAUUACUGGCAUUUCUUGUUUCCUAAAUGGUAAAGACAGGUAGUAAGUUACCCGACUCUAUUAUCCUAAAUGGGAUCUUUGUAUUUGCAGGCUUCCUUUUCGGACGCUAGUGAGAAGGUAAACCAAAAUGUUGUCAUUUUUCAGUGGGGUCAUACGUUGAUCAAAAACAACGAAUGUUUAGAGAUAAGCUACGACGUCGGUACUUGCUGUAAUUCUAGAUAUUGAAAAUGUUGAAAUCAUAAUUCAAUUAAAACAUCCUGCCCACUAUGUAGAGAGGUUCAGAACUACAACAACAACAACAACAACAACAACAACAACAAGGUUAUUUCACAUUAAGUAUAGCUUGUAAAGCUUGUGCCCGCAAUUAGCGAAGGUUGUUCGAGGAGGGUACAAGAGAAAAAAGAAUAUCAUAUAUCAUCGCUCAUCAUUUCAAGCCCCAGGGUGGGGGUAACUAGGUCAAUUUUUUGCUUGGUACGUGCUGCUGGCCUCUCAGAGGCCCUUUCCCAUUAUUACAGUGUAUUCUAAUGGCCAAUAGUUACCCCGUAAAGUACCUAAGUACGCCUGGUUAUAAACAAACAACUAAUGACCUUUAAUGAAUAAUUUCCACUCAUUAAAUACCACCAAUUACAUAAAUAUUCAUAACAUGUACAAUCAGUUCAAAAAAUGCAUACCAUAGAGCUUAUUCCCUUGACACAAACUGACACUACACCACAGACCCCAUCUGAGUCACUUUUGGGAAAGUGUAAGCUUUUGCAAUCCCAACUUGGUCACUUUUGGUUUACGCAUCUACCUUAUAAUCUUCCCAUUUUUAAAUCCCUACUUACUAGAAUGUUCUUACCCCUAAAAUCUCGCAAAUGUGCAACCCCAUAAAAUAUGAAGCAACCCCAUCCAGCGGCACAUCCCAAUUAUUAACCUCGCCCGGGGCAUUCAAGUAGAUAACAGUAAUGAAUUGUGAUGGUUGCCUAUCAUUAUGGGAUUUAUCCAUGUAGGUAUGGAUGUGAUUUGGCAUUCACUCCAAUGAUAAUUUCAGACUCCUUUGUCAAGUCCAUCAAAGCUAGAGAUAUGGAAUUCACUACAAACUCAGGUAUGUAAAAUGAAGAUUGACUUGUAACAUAAUUAAGCUCUGUAAAAAAUUAUCAAAUAUAUAAUCUUCAUUCUGGUAAGUAAUCCUUUUGAAUAUUUUGUAAAUGGUUGUCCAGUCCCAGUAUGCCUUAUUAUUAAAUUCAAACUCCCAAGUCCACUGUGGUGUUAUUUGGGUUUGUCCAGGCUAGUGGAUUUUCCUCACUAAUGCAAUGUAAACCUGCUAAAAUAAUGUUGUGCAUCUGUUAAGAUUGCUUGAAGGUAACAACGAUCUACACACUCUUGUUUUGUAUCUAAGCAGCCACGUUUAAUCCAGAAAGCUAUCUCUUGAUAUACCGGUAAUCAGGGUCUUAUAGAGACAGCACAUUUUGGUUCUUUGCUGUUCAUUCCCUUCUUUCUGUAGGUGACCGCCCUCUAGUAGCUCAGUUUGCUGCCAGCAAUGCAAAGGAUUUUGCUGAUGCUGCUGAAAUUGUAGCCCCGUAAGUUAAACCUCAGACAUAUUGCAUCUAUAUUAUUACUAUACCAAAAGUUUUUAAAUGUUUGAACAUACAAGAAUCACUUUGCUUAAUGUUCAAGCAAAUCUAGCAGUUUCUACAGAAUUACUCAUUACCCUCUUUGCAAGUUCCAUGAAAAGUUCAUUAUUUCAUUGGUGGUAAAAAGGGACCAGAAAUUUAGUAAGUUAUCCUGCAUGACCUGUCGCAGCAAGUUAACAUAUUAAGAGGCGGGGGCUGGGGAUUUCCCCCGGUUACCACAAAAUUAAUGUGGCUCAGGCUUUUGUAAAUUAUGCUUUUAUUUCUCAAGGCUACUUUCAUUGGAAAAUAGAAAUCUCAGUGAUAUCACUGAUAUGGUCAGAUCUUAACUGCCACAAGAUGUUGAAUUUUCAACAUCUUGUGUGCAGCUUCUUGAAUUUCAACACCUUAGUGGAAAGAUUUUCAAAAUUGGAGAUCUUUCCUGAAAGAUAUUGAGAAUUCAAGAACCCACCAUUUACAUGCUUCAGGAAAUCCCUGUGGGUAACUCAACACAGCUAACUCACUGCCUUGUGAACAAAAAUGUUGCAAAAUUGCUUGUGGUUGUGCCUAAUCAUAUAUGAAAGCACGAUCAUCAUCAUAAAAAACCUGGCCUUUGAUUAUACUGAUAACAGAAAUGUGACUUAAGUCUAGAACAGUGAUAUUAAUGUCUUCUUACAUGUAGAGAUAUCCUGAAAUUUGAAAAGUUUCUUUCUCACUAGGUUUGUUGAUGGUGUUGAUCUUAACUGUGGCUGUCCCCAGAGGUGAAUUUUUUAGACAGACAUGAGUCAAAUUAUUAUAUUACUUUCAUUUUUAUUAGUUGUACUAUUGUUGCCUUUACAAGGCCUCCUUAAUUUGUACUUUCUGUAUUUGUCAGUCAUUUUGUUAUCUCUGCGUUCUGCGUCCCUAAUGCAUAAAAAUCGCCAAAGAUGCAAAAUAAUAAUAAUAUUCGUGAAAUACGUCCCUAGGACACAAGGAACAAUCAAUCAAUUUGAAGAUUUUUUGGUAGAAUAUCCUGUUUGUGGGAUUUCUGGGGCUGUUCUUUAAAGAUGCUUAUUUAUCUUGUGCUUUAAAUAUGAAGAAGGACACUAUUUUCAUUUUUGUAAACUGAAAUCAAGAGUUUUAGGUAAGGUUAACUGUCUGGUUACAUAAAGGCCCAAGAAUUUCAAUUUAGGACUCCUUGUUUUUUGAGCUGGGACUCAUUGGUUAUGGACAGCGACUCAUGAUUUUUCACAUGAUGAGUCGUAGGACUAGCCAUAACUAUUUGUAACAAAAUCACUGCUUGUACUUUUUAGGUGGGCCAUGCAAGAGGGUUAUGGUGCAAAGUUAAUCAGCAGCCCAGAAUUAAUUCAGGACAUUGUUAAGCAGACUGUUUCAAGAGUUCCAGGACUUCCUGUAUCCAUCAAGAUCAGAAUUCAUGACAAUAUAAAGUAAAGCAAUCAAUAAUUAUGCUUUCUUAUAGCUUUUUGGGUGUGCUCUUUUUUAGGACAAAAACUCUUUUUCUUACUUAUCAUAAUGACAAAGUGGGAAGUGUCUGCGAGAUUUGAAUUGACUGUUCAUUCAAUGUUCUUUUCUUCCCUGUUUCCAUUUAUUUGACAAACCUAUGUUAAUAAGCACAUCCUUAAAGCUUGUAUUUAAGUUUACACAAUGUAAUUUCCCAUUUUGAUUAUUAUAGAAAAACCAUACAGCUCUGUAGACAGGCUGAAAUGGCUGGUGUUUCAUGGAUAACAGUUCAUGGAAGGACAGUCAGACAAAGAGGUGAACCAGCAAACUGGGAUGCUAUCAAAUUGGUAUUGAAUAGUUAAUUCUAUUUAAAAAAUGUUGAUCCCUCUGAUUUAAAGUGGUCACAGGCUUUUUUGCCAAUACAUCCAAUUAUGUUUGCUAUUAAUACUAGUCAUCCAAUUGUCUUUUGUCUGUUCAUGAUUACAGACUGACUCGCAUAGACUCCUGAUUCAGUAAUACCACAGUCAUUUAUAAUAAUAUGUUGUCUCAUAAUUCAGAUCAAAGAGAGUCUGUCCAUCCCUGUGGUUGCCAAUGGCGAUAUCAAGUCUGAUUCUGAUGUCAAAAAUGUUCAUGCAAAAACUGGUGUCAAAGGUACAGUGUAAUACCACACUUAAUUUUGAAAACUUCCAGUUCUCCGUAGUGAACAGUGUUCUAGCCCUUUAUCCUGAUGAAGGACUAGCUCUCAAAAUGUCAGCUUCUCAUUCCCCCUGCAGUGGCUAAUCUAGCUAAAAUCAACACAAUUUAUAAAACCAAACUUUCGCAUUUCACUCCCCCACUGAUGCAACACCACAGUUUCUUUGGAAGUUAAUUCCUUAUUUGACCAUCAGUGACAGGCAGGUUAGGGGUGUGAAUACCGUAACUACUAAUUUUGUUAACUUUAGGUGUAAUGGCUGCAAGAGGUAUUCUAAACAAUCCAGCUAUGUAUGCAGGAUAUGGUGUGACUCCUCUUGAGUGUGUGGCAGACUGGGUAUGUCUAUUAUAGACUGAGGUAUAGUGUUGUUCAACAGUUAAACAUAGAUGUCGUCUUUUUCUAGUUUAUUAUUUUAUUAUCUCAUAUAACAAAAAGUGCAGUGGAAAAGUUUUUGCCUUUGGGUUCAUCAAUAAUCGAUACUUUUUCCCCAAAAUAAGGGCUAAUCAUCUCUCGUACAUUGUAGUUGUCCUCAUAGGAUACAAAGAAAGUUGUGAUAGUUUUUGAAUUCUUAGUUGCAAGUUCUUUACUUUGAUUUUUACAGAUUAAUAUUGCCCUCUCUCUUGGCACUCCUUUCACCAACUUUCAUCACCAUUUAAUGUACAUGCUAGAGAAAGUAACCAGUAAAGCAGGUAUGUUCUUAGAUAUUGAGAUACCUCUCCAAAAACCACUUGACUCUAAUGAUUUUCCCGUACUCUAACUAUUCAGGCCCAGUUUAGUGAAAUCUGAUAGUACUGAAUAAAGGCGACUUAAUCUUAACAGUAAAAACACCUUUACAAAUGCACUAAUCGAUUUACCCAACACAAACACUGAGCGAUGAUUUUUCUGAAGAUGAUGUCAGCGACCCCUCUUCUUUUCAAUAUAUUAAAAUCAAUAAAGGGCACUUACCCUUUUUGGCAAGAAUUAUCUGUUCAUUCUCUUGUAGUAAAAGAAUUGCACAAUGUCAUUAGUUGUGCAGCCUUCAACUGUAAAAGUUAAGUGUGAAAAAUAAAAUUGAAAAUUUUAAUUUUUGCUCUACCUUUGGCCUUUGAUUGAUAAGCAAUGAGUACCGUAUAUAUCUUUACAGAAAGAAGGGUAUUCAGUGAACUCAAAAGCACUGCAGCAGUGUUGGAUCACCUCAGAGAAUACUACAGCAUUGAUAACAGAGACGUUACUGAAGGAAGCAAAGUUGGCCUAGAAUAGUUUUUGCAGGCAUACACAGUUUGCAGACCUGUAGAACAGGCAAGAAGCCCUGCCCUGGUGUAGCUCCAGGAGAGGAACUGCGAGUCACAUCAUACCAGCCAGCAAGUCAAGACAAUGAUCGCGGUUGAAGACAUUCAAGACUGUAAGUUACAACAAGUAGAGAGUUAUACCAUUCACACUAAGAGAGCAAACAGUGUGACAUGGCGGAGUCAAGAAGAAAAUGACUGACAGAAAGCAGAAAACAGUAGUAUCAAGGACGUGAAAAACAAGAGAAAUGUGUCAGUACAACAAUGGAAUUGUUGAAGUAUAGCUGCGUUUCUUUCGCCUUCACUAUCCUUCAUUAUCUACUAACCGAGCAUCACAAGGAUAAAUAAUACAGUAAGGAAUAGAAUUUGCGUUGUUUUGGCGCUCAUGAUUGUAACUUGUGACGUCAUUGUCUUCCCGUUCCAAAUGGAUACAUUCACUAUCUGUGCAUACCAUUAAAACAACUACGACCAAGUCUAAACGUACGAAGCUGCUGUCAACUUUCACUGCUCUGUCGAUUCGUCUUUGCCUUUGAAAGCAAAGUUUGGUGGUGACGUUUUGUUUUGGUCCAC